AUGCUCCGCCGCGGCGCCGCCUUGUUGCUGGAGUCCCGACCGAAGACCGUCAGCGUCGAGCCGGGCUCGAAUCGAGUGCCGGACGCCACCGUGGUGACGAAGGCAAAGGACAUUUUUGCGGUGCCAGAGUUUCCUGGGAAGCGGGUGCUGCACAACUGGCGCUUUUUUAUCAAGGCGGGGAAGGCGGCCACGGGCCCUCCGGUGGGGCAGGAGUUCUCGAAGCUUGGCCUAAAGGCCAUGGACUUUGCAAAGGCCUUUAACGACCGCACAAAGCCGUACUUUAAGGACGACGUGGAGCUCAUUGUGCGCAUUCAGGUGUUUUUUGACAAGUCAUACUUGUACGCCAUUGAGCCGCCACCGACGGCCUGGUUCAUCCUGCGCACCCUGCGGAAGAAGCGCCGUGAGACCGGCCCUGUGCCGCUGCGCGGGCACUACUGCGCCCUCAUGACACUGGAGAUGGCGUACGAGAUUGCGAAGAUGAAGCCGCGGAGUUGGGGAAGGCCGGAGUACCCGCUCAUGGAGACGCGCGUGCGUCGUGUGGUGGGCCAGGCUCGUCGCAUGGGUGUGUGCUUCAUUGGCGUCGACACGCCGCAGAGUUCCCCGGUGAAGGGAAUGACGGAGAAGCAGUACGCGGAGGAGAGCGAGAGGUACCGCGCGGUCCACAUGAAGCAGUAUGAGGCGUUGCGGCAGAAGCAGCUGGAGGAGGCGCCGCUGAUUGAGCGCCUGCACCGGCCCAAUUUUGCCCCGCUUACUGAGGUGCAGAUUGAGGAGGGGCUGAGGGAUCCCGGCCUCUUCCACGCCCUGUGGCAGGCGAGCCAUCCAAAGAGCGUGUACCACAAGGAUCUCAGGCAGCGUGAGAUGGCUCGGCGAUAUCUGAACGCGAGGGGCUGGGUGAAGGACAUGACGCUGGAGGAGAUGCAGUUGGUGUUCAUGAACUACCGUCUCCCUGCGGUUGAGCGGGGCCACCAGAUGGACGAGGGAAGGAUGGAGGGUCAGGUGUACUGGACGCGAGACGGAGCACAGUAG